AUGUCGGCGGCGCAGGUGUCCUCGUCCCGGAGACAGUCUUGCUACCUGUGCGACCUGCCCCGCAUGCCCUGGGCUAUGAUCUGGGACUUCUCGGAGCCCGUAUGCCGCGGUUGCGUCAACUACGAGGGCGCUGAUCGCAUCGAGUUCGUGAUCGAGACCGCGCGCCAACUAAAGCGGGCGCACGGCUGCUUCCAAGACGGCCGCUCCCCGGGGCCUCCGCCGCCCGUCGGGGUCAAGACGGUGGCCUUGUCGGCUAAGGAGGCGGCGGCGGCCGCCGCAGCAGCAGCGGCCGCGGCGCAGCAGCAGCAACAGCAGCAGCAACAACAGCAGCAGCAGCAACAGCUUAACCACGUCGACGGUUCCAGCAAGGCUGCGGUGCUGGCGGCCCCGUCCGGCCUGGAGCGCUAUGGCCUGAGUGCAGCCGCCGCCGCCGCUGCCGCUGCCGCGGAACAGCGCAGCCGCUUCGAGUACCCACCACCGCCGGUGAGCCUGGGAAGCAGCAGCCACGCCGCGCGGCUGCCCAACGGCCUGGGGGGCCCCAACGGCUUCCCCAAGCCGACCCCGGAGGAGGGGCCCCCGGAGCUUAACCGCCAGAGUCCCAACUCGUCCUCGGCGGCGGUGGCUUCUCGCCGCGGGACGCACGGUGGGCUAGUGACGGGGCUGCCCAACCCGGGGGGUGGCGGAGGGCCCCAGCUCACCGUGCCCCCCAAUUUGUUGCCGCAGACGCUGCUUAACGGACCUGCCAGUGCUGCUGUGCUGCCCCCACCGCCGCCCCACGGGCUGGGCAGCCGUGGGCCCCCGACGCCCGCGCCCCCAGGGGCUCCCGGGGGUCCUGCUUGCCUUGGGGGCGCCCCGGGCGUGUCGGCUGCGUCGUCUUCAGCGUCGUCUUCGACCUCGUCGUCGGUGGCCGAGGUGGGCGUGGGUGCCGGUGGCAAAAGGCCUGGCUCGGUGUCGAGCACGGACCAGGAGCGCGAGCUAAAGGAGAAGCAGCGCAACGCUGAGGCCCUGGCCGAGCUGAGCGAGAGCCUGCGCAACCGCGCGGAGGAGUGGGCCAACAAGCCCAAGAUGGUCCGCGACACGCUGCUCACUUUGGCUGGCUGCACGCCUUACGAGGUGCGUUUCAAGAAGGACCACUCUCUGCUGGGCCGCGUCUUCGCCUUCGACGCCGUCUCUAAGCCCGGUAUGGACUACGAGCUGAAGCUGUUCAUUGAGUACCCCACGGGCUCGGGCAACGUGUACUCCAGCGCGUCUGGUGUGGCCAAGCAGAUGUACCAGGACUGCAUGAAGGACUUCGGCCGAGGACUCUCCUCUGGCUUCAAGUACCUGGAGUACGAGAAGAAGCACGGCUCCGGGGACUGGCGCUUGCUAGGGGACCUGCUGCCCGAAGCUGUGCGCUUCUUCAAGGAGGGCGUGCCCGGCGCCGACAUGCUGCCCCAGCCCUACCUGGACGCCAGCUGCCCCAUGCUGCCCACGGCGCUGGUGAGUCUAAGCCGCGCCCCCAGCGCACCGCCCGGAACCGGGGCCCUGCCGCCUGCUGCCCCCUCGGGCCGGGGCGCAGCCGCCAGCCUGCGCAAGAGGAAGGCGUCCCCCGAGCCUCCGGACUCGGCCGAGAGUGCUCUGAAGCUAGGCGAGGAGCAACAGAGGCAGCAGUGGAUGGCAAACCAGAGCGAGGCGCUGAAGCUCACCAUGUCGGCCGGGGGCUUUGCGGCGCCGGGGCACGCGGCCGGUGGGCCGCCCCCGCCUCUGGGACCCCAUUCCAAUCGGACCACCCCCCCAGAGUCAGCCCCCCAGAACGGCCCGUCACCCAUGGCCGCCCUCAUGUCGGUAGCAGACACUCUGGGCACGGCGCACUCGCCCAAGGAUGGCACUUCCGUACACUCCACUACCGCGUCCGCGCGGCGCAACAGCAGCAGCCCGGUGUCACCGGCCUCCGUGCCCGGGCAGCGCCGCUUGGCAUCACGUAACGGGGACCUGAAUUUACAGGUGGCUCCCCCGCCGCCUAGCGCCCACCCGGGCAUGGACCAAGUGCACCCCCAAAACAUUCCGGAUUCCCCCAUGGCCAACAGCGGGCCCCUCUGCUGUACCAUUUGUCACGAACGUUUGGAGGACACGCAUUUCGUUCAGUGCCCAUCCGUCCCCAGCCACAAAUUCUGCUUCCCUUGCUCUAGAGAGAGUAUCAAGGCCCAGGGGGCUACCGGCGAGGUGUACUGCCCCAGCGGAGAGAAAUGCCCCCUAGUUGGGUCGAAUGUACCUUGGGCUUUCAUGCAGGGCGAAAUCGCGACUAUCUUAGCCGGGGAUGUUAAAGUGAAAAAGGAGAGAGACCCUUGAACUACAGGACAGCCACCUCCUUUGCCCUAGACCAGCUCUUCUCCAGUCCAGAGGGCCCCUUCCCUAUCCAUCUCCAACCCUCCCUCCCCCACCCUCCCAGAUGUAGAAUUGUGAAUAUAACAAACUGCAAAAAGUUAGUCUUAUGUAUAGACAUUAUUUUCGUCGUAUGUUUCUAUAUUUUGAAACAAAGGUAUGUAACUUCUUCAUUUGAAGGAUAAGCUGGUUUGUGUUAAGCAGUAUAAUAUUGGUUGGGUCAUUUGCAUCAUACUCGUUAGCAUUUAUUUGGUGGCAGAGUGUUUGCCUAGGUACAGAAUCAAUAGCCCUUAGCAACGACUGCUGCUGGUGUGUAUUUUUCUGAAUGUUGUGCACUCUCUGAAAGGAAAAAUCACAUACACACAAAAGAAAAGGACUGUUUCUCCCCAAGGCCAGUGUUGCUGCCUAAAAAAAAAAAAAAAAGAAAAAAGAAAAAAAAUGAUGCUAUAAAAAUGGUGAAAGCUUCUUUCUAAGCAGCCCCAGUGUUGAGUAUUUCGUUUUGUUUUGUUUUGUUUUGUUUUCUGUUUUGUUGGCAAAAUGGUGAGGGGAGUGUUGGGGGGGGACAGGGUGUUUUUUGUUGAAAGUUUGUGAGGGAAAUGUUUUGGUUUGUUUCUACUGAUCUGAAUGUGUUGGAUCUUUCACGUGUUGUUUUGUUUUUGCUUUAUUGAUGCACGGAUGCUUUUGAACAGUAGAGCGAAAUGCUAGACAUGGAGAAUCUGCUCUGUUUGUCCUUUAUACAUUUCUGUAGUUAACAGAACACUGUAAUGUGCCUUGGAGCUUAGUAACUUGUAAUAAAUUCAAUUGAUAUUAA